GUGCUGUGUCCCUGGGUCACCAAUGAGCGGAAAGAGCCGAUGAUGUUGGCUCUAUCAUGUGAUCAGCUGUGUCCAAUCACAGCUGAUCGUGCGCUGAUGCUCAGUGCCCUGAUGAUCAGUGUAGCCCCCAUCAAUGCCACCUGUCAGUGUCUAUCAAUGCCACCUGCCAGUGCCCAUCAGUGCCACAUCAAUGCCACAUAUCAGUGCCUACCAGUGCACAUCAAUGCCACAUAUCAGUGCCCAUCUGACCUGUCUUUCAGUGCCAACUAUCAGUGCAGUGCCUCCUAUCAGUGCUGCCAAUCAGUGCUACCUAUCAGUGCCAGUCAGUGCUGCCUAUCAGUGUCCAUCAGUGCCUCAUAUCAG